UGUACACAGGUGCGGUUGAAAUAAGUCCUUUUUAUUAACAAGAUGUCUCUUCAAACCCUGCCUAUUUUAUUCAUUAAUCUGGGAGGGGAGAUGAUGUACAUCCUGGAUCAACGUCUACGUGCACAAAAUAUACCGAAAGAGAAAGCAACGAAAGUUCUCCAUGAUAUUGUUGGUACGAUGUUUAACAAGAGAUUCAUGGAGGAGCUGUUCAAGCCACAAGAGCUUUAUUCCAAGAAAGCCAUGAGGACAGUGUUUGACAGACUGGCCCAUGCUUCCAUCAUGAGGCUUAAUGCACCCAGUAUGGAUAAGCUGUACGACCUCAUGACAAUGGCCUUCAAGUACCAAGUAUCUCUGUGUUUACGACCCAGUGAUGUGCUCCUGGUUACGCUGAAUCACAUGGAUGCCAUCCGUCACUUUGUCGAGGAUUCUCAGCCUAUCAGGCAGCAGGUUGAUCAUGUCUACAGACUUCUCAUCCAGACGUAUGCCUCGAAAUCUGCUGGGCAGUUUCAGCUGAUCAGACAGACACUGUUAAAUUUUUUCCAGGAUAUGCACAUACGAGUGUCUAUUUUUCUCAAAGACAAGGUACAGAACAGCAAUGGCAGGUUUGCUCUUCCUGUCAAUGGACCCGUGCCUUGGGCAACUGAAAUUCCAGGGACCAUACGGAUAUUCAAUGUGAGAGGUGAGCAGAUUAAGACUGUCCAGUUCCCAGCAGGAGGGAGGUACACUACUCUACACAGGGAAGGCUCAUAUGACCCUAAAGGGGAUCGCGUGACAUCCCUGGGAACCAACAUGUAUAAUGUAAGCAGACCCGUGGACACGAGUGCAAUGGGAGCCCAGAAAAACAGCACACCCUCAGCAGCACUGGAAAGUGUUCCACCAGAUCCUCUAGCUAAAGCUCAGCUGGAUUUGUUAUCAGCCCUGAUUGGAGGAACCAAGACAGCUGAGAAACAAAAGUUCCGCCUUAAUCUAUUUAACACAGAUGAAGAAGAAGGACAAGCAUCUGUUUACAAACCCGUUUCAACUACUCCAGCCAACGUCAUUGAAAUAGAUGCAUCUAAGAGAGGGAAGAAUGCGGAGCUGAGUCGUAUAAUGGGAGAACUUUCGGUAGAAGGAGAUGGUAGUCAUGACGACACAGACUUGUUAGACCUCAUGGACAGUGCAUAGCAGAGGGAGGAUUUCCAGUCAUGUGACUUUCUUCAUGGUGACAUUCAAGUACUGAUGUACUAGCUAUGCUGGGAAGCAGAGCUGCAAAUGUUGCCUAACAGAAGAUUUAUGGAUAAAUUAUUGAUCCAUGUGAAGAUCUACACUCAAGUUAAAUUUUCGAGUCACAUUUUUGUAGGAUACUUUACAUAGUACCAACCAGAGCAAUCUCACUGAAGACAGAUCUAGUACAUACUCCACAUACUGACUAGAACAAGGCCUAACUCCGACACAAUUAAUGCUCUCACAAUUAAUGGGGCCUUGGUGAUAAUAGAUGAGUGAUGGCACUUUCUGGCCAUUGGCACAGUUUAAUGCGCAUUGACGACCAAUUAUUUUCCAUGAAUAUGGUGUCUGUAUCUGUAUGCCUACAUAGUUUUCAAGAGGUGAAAAAUUUUUAAGUAUGGCGUUGAACAACAUUGAAAUAAAUACAUACAUGUACUCUCAGCAUGUCAGCACAUCCAAUACAUGUACUGGCUUCUGUAUGUUGGGCAGUAAACUCAGUCGGGGCCUCUGUGGCCUCAUGGUUAUCAUGCUUAUCGUGACAGUGACCCAGAGUUCAAAUCCAGCUCUUGCUGGUUUCCUCUCCAGUUGUAUGUGGAGAGGUCUGGCAUCAACCUGCAGAUGGUUACAGAUUUUCCUUGGGCUCUGCCUGGUUUCUUCCAAACCAAAAUUGUAGCAGCCAUCGUAUAAAUGAAAUAUUCUUGAGUAUGGUGUAAAUCUCCAAUCAAAUAAAGUAAAUAAAUAGUGAAGUCUGCCAUUUGUAUAUUGAAAUAAUUCUUUUCAUGGCUUUGACUUCUUCAAGUAGAAGGCUCAUCAGAUGAGAGCAGGUGAUAUGUCCGGUUCUCAUCUAGUUAGGGUAAGAACAGUAUAGGGAGUGUCUGUUAUAAAUAGAUCUGGUUCUAGUGAGAUUGUUUGGCCGAGUCACAUGUAACUGUGUGUGAAUGUUUGUAAAACUUAUGGUACAUGUUCACGUGACAUCUUUGUUAUUAUUAUUAUUAUCAUUUGCCGAGAUAGGGCUGGCCAGUCAUCCAUAAGGAAAAGAAAUCCUCUAAUUGAGGGGCCAUGCAGGUCCCUCUACCUGCAUGUACAUGAAGAAGAAUACAUGGUUAUUUCAGUGAUGGUUUACUAAGUGAUCAUGAAUAAUUAUAGCUAGUAUUUACAAUGCAAGUAUGUCAUGUAGGUAGAGGGAACUUUUGUUCCAUCAGUGACCAGAUUGCCUUCCCUUUGCAGAGGGCUGGUGAGCCCUACUGUUGUCUGAAGUGUGAUAUGAGAAAUCCAAUCAGCUCCUAGUCCUUCUUUUUGUAAAUUAUACCUAUACAUGUAGUAUCACUUCAAAGGUAUCAAUGAUUGUUUAAAUCCAUUUUUUUUUCAUUGUUGAGGCAUAAUUCUUUCACUGGUACUUAAUAAAGGAUUGUGUCACUAAUUGGCUGGUGUUUGAGAUGAUACACUGUAAGUAUGUCCUCGGGCAUGGCUUAUUUAUCCGAGCUUGGCCAAAGCUAGAAACCUUCACCUGACAACCCUGUGUCACAACACUGUGUCUGUGGUCGAAUUUGUAGAGGAUUUUAUAAUAGGGUAAUUUAAAUGAGAAUGUACAGACAACAUGUUGUUGUUAUAUUCUUAGAAACUACAAAUACUCAUGGUGCCUAAUUUAGGAAAUUCUGCUUGACCAUAACCAAUACUGUAGACACAUGGGUGGCCCUUGUAGUUAUACACUUUAGAAAUUGGGUUUCAGGACAGUUAGAAUACCUGUAUACAUGUGGGUAACAAGAUAUACAUGUAUGUGACAUAUUCAAUGUGGUCAUGUUUUUCUGUUUAUAGCUCCCUGAAAAAGGUUACCUUGAGUAAUGAAUAGAAUGAUUUUCUCAUUCCAUCCACGGCUUCAUUGCAUGGAUGUGUUCAUUACAAAGUUACUUACAAAGAAGAGUAUCUAUGUUAGAUGUUGUACUGUGAUAGUGCUGAAAAGAAGUGCCUUGUCUGUUGUAGCUGUUUGAACAUCUUGAUAACUGCUCACAGUGAGUGACAUUUUAAGUAAAGAUCCUAAAAAAACAAA